GCCCUCGUUGGCGCCUUCGCCGCUAGCGCUCUUGCCCACGGCACCGUCACUGGCUUCAAGUUCGACGGCGCCUAUGAGGCCGGCUACAAGCUCGACUACUACUACCUCAAGCAGAACGGUGGCACUCCCCCCUCCAUCUCUGCCUGGUCCGCCGAGAACCUCGACAACGGCUUCGUUGACGGCACCGGCUACGCCACCGCCGACAUCAACUGCCACAAGAACGGUGCCCCUGGCUCCGUCGCCUCCACCGUCGCUGCCGGCGGCACCGUCGACUUCGAGUGGUCCGCCUGGCCUGAGUCUCACUUCGGUCCCGUCCUCACCUACGCCGCAAAGGUCGACGGUGACGACUGGGCUUCCGUCGACAAGACCACCCUCAAGUGGGUCAAGAUUGACGAGUCCGGCAUCGAUAUCGCCACCCAGGAGUGGGCUGCCACCAAGCUCAUUGCCAACAACAACACCUGGUCCACCACCAUCCCCUCCGACCUCGCUGCCGGCAACUACGUUCUCCGUCACGAGAUCAUUGCCAUGCACGGCGCUGGCUCCCUGAACGGCGCCCAGAACUACCCCCAGUGCGUCAACGUCAAGAUCACUGGCUCCGGCACCGCCAACCCCGAGGGAACCCUCGGCACUGAACUGUACAAGAACACCGACGCCGGUAUCCAGUUCAACCCCUACGCCACCAUCUCCAGCUACACCAUCCCCGGCCCUGCCCUGUAC